AUGAAUGAUGAUAUAGCUGAGUCAUACGGUUGUAUGACGGCCGAUUGGUUAAGCGAACAAAUGGCAGAUUUUAUGUAUACAUUUGAAAAUGAUUCCGAUGGGGAGUUUAUCACCAAAGUUUUAUUUGAAGCAAAUAAUCUUUCCAAACAGUACUGCCAGAAAGGUGAAGAUUUCGUUAGUGAAUUGAUUGCAUUUGCAACGAAUCAAAAUCAAAAACAUGUGAAUCUUUCAAUGUUGGAUAGCUUCGAGCAACUGGUUCUGCAAAGAGCUGUUCAAGAUUGCAAGAAUGAAUCAUUCAAUAUCUCCCAUACGAAAAUUUCAUUCAGUGAAAACAGCAAGAAUUCAUGGCCUGAUGAGAGUAAUGUGCCUGACAGUACAAUUAUAGAUUUUUCAAACGAAAAUUUCACUUUGCCCGAGAAAUAUUUGGCUUUUACACCAAUCAGGAAAUCCACAUCUGAUGUCGCAUAUCAAAAUCGCAAAGAUUCGGGCAAAAUUAUCAUGAAAUUCACAGGAAAAAAUUUUACUACAAAAAGAAAUGAUAGAACUAAAGGCAGCAAUGUAUGUAAAGUUAUUGUGGAAAAACUAUAUACUGAUGAUUACAAAAAUUUGUUACAAUAUGGUGCUGAGAAAGAUUUGGAACAGAUUGAAGCACUCAUAUCACGAGUUCAGAAUUUAUGCGAUAUAAUCAAGGAAGAAAACGAAACUGACGAACAAAUGAAUUCAUUAUCGAUGAUAAGAAACGUAUAUUCCGGAUUUAUCGUGAAUGAUGCGGAGGAUCCGUUAGAUGUGUCAAAUUGUUCAUUGCAGUGCACUAAUCAGAGUGCUGAUGUUAUAAAUCUCGAUUUGAGCAAUCUUAAGGCUUAUUCAUUGUUCCCUGGAAAGAUUGUUACACUUCGUGGAUCUUUUGCUGGUGAUAUAUUUAUCCCGGAUGAAAUUUUCGAACCUAAGGAACCAUCCAUUGCACCUCUUAAAAAGCAACCAGGCAUUGAUCUGCUUCAUGUUUGGUGUGCCUGUGGUCCGUUCUCUUCUUCUAAAACUCUCUCUUAUGAACAGCUUUGCGAUUUAGUCGAAUUAGUGAGGAAGGAGCGACCUAAUGUUCUAAUUCUGAUUGGACCGUUCAUUGAUCGAAUGAGUCCAGUAGUGAAGUCACCUCAAUGUUGUUACACAUAUGGCGAUCUUAUGGAUAUGCUUCUUGCAAAAAUUGAUGACGCCUUAUCAGGGACUGAUGUUCAAGUGUUGAUAGUUCCGAACGGAAGAAAAGAUGCUGCACUGCGACCAUCUUUCCCUACUCCACCAUUUCAGUCACUUAAACAGCGAAAGCAACAGUUGAGCAAGAAUAUAGUGCUUUUACCGGAUCCUGCAAUCAUUCGGAUUGCUGGUGUUGAAUUUGCUAUAACAGCAUCGGAAAUCAUCCAGCAUUUAGGGAGAGAUGAAAUAAGUCGUCUAGAUAAUUGUGAAAAUCAGGAUCGAAUGUUUCGACUUGUUCGCGAUUUAUUCAGACAGCGUUCUUUAUACCCGUUAUAUCCCGCAUCUCAUGAUGUUACAUAUCGACUUCGUGAAGCUGUCGAGCGCACAUCACUUUCUGUAAUACCUCACGUCAUUAUUUUGCCGUCGGUACUUGCGCCUACCAUUAAGGUAGUCGCCGACUCAGUAUUUGUGAACACCAAUGCAUUAGUACGCGGAAGUAGUGGUACAUUCAUGAAACUGCAGAUCGAUCUCAAAGAGCUUGAUGAGAGGAAAGAGAAUUCGCAUAUAUCCGUUGCUGAUUUUUGCGAAGUACAAAUUGUUCGGUUGUGA